CUCUCCUCACUGGGAUAACACAGGUGAACACGUAACCGUGCCUGAUACGUGAAGAACGUGCAGCCAGCUUUAGUAAUGGUUGGUGUGGGAGUUUUCAAAGCUCACGGUCAGUAGCGGGUAAGGUAACUGAUUCAUUCAGCAUCUAUUGAUCGACGCCCAUUCAUUGCCAGGCAUGUUCUGCCACCAGCACCCAGAGCGUGUCCCUGGGCUUGUGCAGCUAACACUCCUGAUAUCUGUGCGCCUUGACAACCCACCAGCUGUACUCCACUUCCAGGGCCUGCGGAGGUCCCGUGUCCGGGUCUGAAGCCAGGGAGUGUAGGAAGAAGGGAAGGCUCCUCAGCAGAAAAUAAACUUUGACAAAAUUUCAGGACAAGAGAAAAUGGCCCACUAUGAAGUGACCAGGCCAUCCCAGACCCUCUCCAGGUGAAUGCAGGACCUUAUUCUGACUGCCAGCGUGGGAGGUGCAGGCCCCAGCAGACGGGUCUCUGCAGAGGCCCCUUGUAUGGAGAGAAGAGGAGGGCUUCCCCACGAAACGUGUUAGAACCAGCAAAGCUCUUCUUGCCUCAGUCAUAAUUCUGAUUGUAUAAAGUCUUGGUGUUACUGACAUGUCAAGUUCCUUCUGCAACAGCCGUGCCCGCUCAGCCAGACGUUCUCAGGACACUAUCGCUUCGGUUUGGCCCCAGAUGAUGUGAAGUGAAACAUAAUUUCCCCUUUUUCAGGGCAAAACAAAACUGCAAGGGUUUUUUCCCUGCGCCUCCCCCACCCCCUUACCCCAAACAGACUUUAGUUUGCUCCUGACUUUGUUCUGACAGCGGUUCAGGAUUUCUCUUUCUGGGGAAGUGCAGAGCUUGCGUGCUUCUGCUGCAGGAGGGACGCGCCCGAAGGCCCGGCUGUGCCUCCACCGCUGCAGAGUCGGUGGUGGCGGCAGGACCGCAGCGACAUGCCCCCGCCUAACUGCUCGGUGCACAGUGGCCCGGUGGAGGUGUCGGUGGCCGCGCUGCUGGCGCUGGAGUGCGGACUCGGCCUCCUGGGCAAUGCCGUGGCGCUCUGGACGUUUUUCUUCCGUCUGAAGGUGUGGAAGCCCUACGCAGUCUACCUGCUCAACCUCGUGGUCGCGGACCUGCUGCUGACCUUCUGCCUGCCCCUCCACGCCGCCUUCUACCUGAGGCACCGGACGUGGAGCUUUAGGCACGCGUCUUGCCAGACGCUGCUGUUCCUGCGGGCGCUCAGCCUCAGCGUGGGCAUCGCCUUCCUCACUGCGGUGACCUUGGACAGGUACUUCCGGGUGGUCCACCCGAGGCUCAAGGUCAACCUUCUGUCCCUUCGGGCAGCCCAGGGGAUCUCAGCCCUUGUCUGGCUUCUGAUGAUCGGCCUCAACCACCAGAGCUUGUUCGUGCCUGAGGCUGGGUGCCCCAGUCUGGAACCCAGGGGAGAACUCUCCUUCAGCAUGAUUUGGCAGGAAACUCUCUUCUUCCUCCAAUUCGUUUUUCCCUUCAGCCUCAUCUUGUUCUGUAAUGCCGGGAUCAUCAGGACCCUGCAGAGGAGGCUCCGAGACCCGGAUAAACAGCCCAAGCUGCAGAGGGCGCAGGCGCUGGUGGCCACCGUGGUGGUGCUGUUUGCACUGUGCUUUCUACCCAGCUUCCUGGCCCGGGUCUUCGUGGCCGCCUUCCGAGGGGUGGGCAGCUGCCGGGUGCUGGGCGCAAUGGUGCACACAUCCGACCUGGCCGGCAGCCUGGCCUCCCUGCAGAGCGUGCUGAACCCAGUGGUGUACUGCUUCUCCAACCCUGCGUUCAGACACUCCUACCGCAAAGUCUUCAACACCCUCAGAGGCCGGGGGAGGGAAGCAGAGGCGCCCGGCUGUGACCCCAAAGACUCCUACUCCUGAGGCCAACUGGCUCCCUCCACCGUUUUCAGGAGCCACCUGGGAUGUGGGCAACAAGGACCAUUCAUUAGGAUUCUGCAGGACGUGGAAGUCUCGAGGCUGCCCUGCAAAUUUUGGACAGACUCGGGCACACAUGCAGAAGUCACUGCCAUUACAUUAUGGACCAGCCAGUCAAAGCGAGCACACCAGAGCCUCCUUUCUGCACAAUGUGAAGCAGGCUUAAUUACUGACCUGACAGCCAGGUGGUCAUGGUGUGUGAAAGCUGGACGGUGGCCCUGUUCCAACUCCAUGUGCUCUGGCAGGUCAUCCUCAUUUUCUUUGCUUCAGUUUGUAAAUGCAGACAGAUUGCUUUGUUCUCAGCUGUUGCACAGACUUGUGAUUAUUGAUAUGGGAAAGUGGAGAUCUGGAGCCUGAAGAGAGGCCCCGGGCAUGGAAGUCACUGUACUCCAUGCCUCUCUGUGUAGCACAUAAUGUUCCCUGUUUUAUAAGCUUUUGUUCAUUAUCACGGAGCACGCAUUAUGUCAAAGACAACACAGUUCCCUAGUUUAUGAUAAGAAACAUUUUCUUAUUCAAUUUCUCAAAA